CUGCCACAUCCACAUAGUGAAAAGGACUCGAACGAAUCUUCAUUCACCGUCAACUAAUAGAUCGAUCCUGUAACAGAUUACCACAUCGCACUCUCCAUAGUCUCCUAACCAUUGCUGCGGGGUCACCAAAACCUGCAUUUACCGACAAUUGCAGUAUUUAGUUUUGGUUUACAGAACCUUGUAGUCAGUCAUACCCGAUUAUUUUAACCCUUCCUGCGCCUCCAUUGCCACCCGUACAAAUGGCACUGCGACCUACCGCUUUCCUGCUAGAUGUGGUUCGCCCACCACGUCAAAUGUUCUACGGAGAAGUAAUAGGAACCGCUAUGCAGAAGACGAUCAAAGUCCGUGUAGCAAGACCACGCAUACACCCUGUCGUUCAAAAGCCUAUCACAUUCCACAAAACAUUUCUAGCACACGACGAGCAUGAACGAUGUGUGGUGGGCGAUUGGGUACGGAUCGACUCUUGCCAAAAGAUUAGCAAGCGGAAAAACUUCACCUUGGGAGAAAUUGUCGCCCCUGCUUCUCGAUAUACGGACGCGGAUGGAAAGCUGCAUACACAAAGGCAAACUGGUGUUCAGGAAGUAGAUAAAGUUGCCAAGCUCAAGGAAUCGAAGCAUCUGUCGUAAUCGGCGUAUAAUCCCGCUUGAUCCUUAUAAAUGCAAUGUACAUAGAUCGGAAGCUUAUUUCUAUUUUGUCGCCUCUGGAUGCACAAUAUAAUUAAUGUGAUGUGGUUCAAACCACCCUGCAGCCGUCCAGGC